CGUUACUGAAAACAACAUGGGAGGCCUCGAGAUGAAUGUGGCUGCUACCCUGAACACAAGGAAAAGAAACCGACCUCGACCAAGAAGGAACAGGAACCCGCCGAAGAAAUGGAUGUCGCCAAAUUAUCUUUAGCAAAUCCCAAUUCCAAGGAUCCGAAGGAAACUUUCAAUUUCGACGACUUCAAACGGUGUUAUCCCAACGAAGAUGAAGCCAAGUCCAUUCCUUACUACUUUCUUCAGCGUCAGGAAAAGAUACGUAAGCAGAUCUUCGCUUCCAUGUGUCUGUCCGGUGAGGACAACAACAGCACAAUCUCCGGCAUAUGGGUCAGGCACGGACAGGUGCUGGCCUUCACCCUCCCCGACUGGCUGGUCAAUUACGAGAUGUACGACUGAAAGAAACUCGUGCCCAAUUCAAAGAACACAAAAAAAAUUGGUCAAGCAGUACUUCUCUUGGACUGGUGCCGAUAAAGCCGGUCGCAAAUUCAACCAGGGCAAAAUCGUCAAGUAAAUUAGCAAAUGAACGGUUUACUCUUAGAAUAAAAUAAACUAUUUUAAAACAGAAACUGUUAUACAAUUAAAUUCACAAAAUUCACACU